CUUUCGCGGGAAUUUUCAGUUUCGAAGAAGUUGCUUGUGGAUGCAAUUAUUAAAAUAAAUAGUCCUUAAGGAUUAUAAAAGUGACAGUCUGCUAAAGCAUUGAACUAAUUUUAGUAAUUGAAGACUGUAAAAAAUGGACGAAUAUGACGAGAUGUACGGUAUUGAAGACGACUAUGAAGAGCAUUUUGCGGAUGAGUUAGAAGUUCUCGCUGAGUUGGAACCUGCUGAACCCAUUAAGGUACCUAAGGUAUCCCAGUUCAGAAAUAAACAGACUUUUGAAGAUGCCAUUAUUGCUGGAGAUAGAGAGAUAGACUCCACUGCUAAGAAGACAGACUCCACUGCUAAGAAAAGCAAGUUUCAUCAGAAAAUUUGUUGCCAGGAACAAGAUAUUGCAAACGACACUGAAAGUAAUACUAAGAAACGGGAAUGGAGUUCCAUUGUUGAAACAGUAGAGAGCGAUACAACCAUUGAUUUACAGCCGCCUUUGACUCCAAAGCCCAAACGACCCAGACUUGAAGCUGUUAAGAAAUUGAACUUCAGUCAGAUUUUUGAAGAUUACCCUGUUCCAUUGCCAGAUGACAUCACUCCAACUCCAGAUCCUGAGAACUAUUCUGGGAAUCAGAACUGCCUUCCAGAAACAAAAAUUGGUUGGAAUGGACAGAGACAUCUUCACUUACUUGGUGUACCCUUCUCUUUUGUCAAGGAGCAAGUAGCUGAAGAGCGCAGACGGAAGAUUUUGGAAGAGUCUGAAAGACUAACUGAGAUGUUGAACAGUCAAAUUGAUCGUGAAUUUGGGAUAGUUGUAAGAGACCCAGUGGAGGAGGAGGAGGAUGACACAGAUGAUGAAAAUGAAGAAAAAAAAACUGUUUCCCUUUGGGUUGAUAAAUUUACUCCAAGACAUUAUACAGAACUACUCAGUGAUGAUUAUACAAAUCGGUGUCUGCUGAAAUGGUUGAAGCUGUGGGAUGUGGUAGUUUUUGGAAGAGAGAAAAAUGUUAAGAAAAAUAAAGUAAAACAAGAAACCCGACCAUCCUUCAAACAGCAGAAGGAGCAACAAAAUAAGUGGAAAAGCAAAGAACAGAUAACUGAGGAAAUACUGGAUGCUGAGUUAGAUCAACAUAACAGACCCAAGCAUAAGGUGGCAUUGCUUUGUGGCCCACCAGGUCUAGGGAAGACCACCCUAGCACAUGUUAUUGCAAAGCACGCUGGGUAUAAUGUUGUGGAAAUGAAUGCUAGCGAUGACCGCAGUCCUGAUGCGUUUAAAACUAAAAUUGAAACCGCCACACAGAUGAAAUCAGUUCUGGGAGUCAAUGAGAAGCCAAACUGCCUUGUGAUUGAUGAAAUAGAUGGAGCCCCUACAGCUGCUAUCAAUGUUCUGCUGAGCAUCAUUAACCGUAAGGAUGGCAAAGAAGGUGAGACCAGUGGAGGUCCUGGAGGAGGUGGAGGAAAGAAGAAAAAGAAAGAAGGUGGACUCUUAAUGCGACCAGUUAUUUGCAUUUGUAAUGAUCAGUAUGUUCCUGCAUUACGACAACUACGACAGCAAGCAUUCUUGUUGAAUUUUCCUCAGACUUUACCUAGCAGACUUGUUCAGAGAUUGUAUGAGAUUUCACGUAAACAAGGUAUGAAGGCAGACACUGGUACUCUUACAGCAUUAUGUGAGAAAACAGAAAAUGAUAUUCGAUCGUGCAUCAAUACAUUACAGUUCCUACAUGGUCGCGGUAAAAAGGCACUGAAUAUCAGAAUGGUACAAACCAUGAAGAUUGGAUUAAAGGACCAAAACAAAGGACUUUUCUCAGUCUGGCAAGAAAUCUUCCAGCUACCCAGGCAACAGAGAAAGCGAAUUGGUCAGGACCCAUCUAUACCAAUUCAAAUUUUGCCUGGAGGAGAUGAUGAUCCACUGAAUUUGCAGAGUAGAACACCCAUCAGUGUACAGACACAGAGAUUUCAUCACAUCUUGCACAUUGCAAUGUCGACUGGAGAGCACGAAAAAGUAACUCAGGGAUUGUUUGAUAAUUUUCUUAAUAUGAAGCUGAAGGACCCAAAUUUCAGUCAUGUCUGCCUAGCUUUGGACUGGUUGGAAUUCACGGACAUACUGAAUGAAGUCAUAAUGCAUGGUCAGAAUUUUCAGCUGAUGAGGUAUCUUCCUUUCCUUCCUGUAACGUUUCACAUGGUGUUUGCUGCAUCCAGUGUCUCUAGGAUAGCGUACCCCAACAGUCAUUAUGAGGCUCAAACAAAGUCUAAUCAGAUGAACAACUUGGUAACAUCCAUGCUGUCUGAGAUCAGUCCUACCAUCCGCACACGCAUUGGCCCACAGUCUCUUAUCCUGGAGAUACUCUGCCUUCUAUUAGACAUAAUCUCACCAAAACUGAGGCCUGUGAAUACUCAACUGUACAGUCCCAAAGAGAAGCAACAGCUUGCAGAUCUUAUCGGUACUAUGCUUGCCUAUAAUCUGACUUAUCACCAGGAAAGGACACCUGAUGGGCAGUAUGUUUAUAUGCUUGAUCCAAAUAUGGAAGAAGUAUGCAGAUUUCCUGACCUUCCAGUUAAAAAGCCAGUAAGCUACCAAACCAAGCAACUUAUUGCUCGAGAAAUUGAACUGGAAAAAAUGAGGCGAGCUGAAGCAUUGUUACAGGCACGCAAUGCAAAUGUGCAUAUUGGUGAUAGUGAAGAAACUACAAACAAAACUCCUUUAAAAGUUGCUGACAACAAAGCAGCAGCAUCUGUAAAGAACCAUGAGCAGAGGCUCGAAAACAUAGUCAGAAAAGCCACUUUUGCUGACAAGCCUGAACUUGAUUUCUUUGGACGCCAAGUUGUCAAGAAAGAGAAGAGGCUAAUAUGUCAAAGUACAGCAAAUACAGAAAUUGAAAAAGAUACUGCAGAAAAACGAAUCGGGAAGGCCAUUGGAAACAGUGAUGUUUGGUUUAGAUUUAAUGAAGGAGUUUCAAAUGCUGUCAGAAGAAAUAUUUAUAUUAAAGACUUGUUGUAAAAUAAACCACUGCAGUGGUUUGUUGUAAAAUAAACCACUGCAGUGUUGACUUAUCCUACUUCAUGUAAAUAGAAUUUGUGUUAUAAAUUAAAUGUCAAGUUUGUUGUAACUGCAAUAUUCUUUCGCAGAAAUGUUUUAUAAUAAAACCAAAUUAAAAAAAAAUAAAUACA